CGCGCUCGCCACACUUCCUGUUGAUCCGGGUCGGCUGAGCGCUGGGCUGGGCUGGUGCGCGGUGGACACUGACUAGGCGUGGGCGCGCGCGAGGCUGCUGCCGGCACUGAGCGUCCGCCUCCUCGCCUAAGCAGCGUCUCCGGCAGCGCCUCCCGCCUUCCGUCCUUCCAUCCGCCCCUCGGCCAGGCCGCGCAGCAUCAUGCCCGCCGUGGACAAGCUCCUUCUGGAGGAGGCGUUGCAGGACAGCCCCCAGACGCGCUCUUUGCUGAGCGUAUUUGAAGAAGAUGCCGGCACCCUCACGGACUAUACCAACCAGCUGCUCCAGGCCAUGCAGCGCGUCUACGGAGCCCAGAAUGAGAUGUGCUUGGCCACUCAACAGCUUUCUAAACAACUGCUGGCGUAUGAAAAGCAGAAUUUUGCUCUUGGCAAAGGAGACGAAGAAGUGAUUUCUACACUCCACUAUUUUUCCAAGGUAGUGGAUGAGCUCAACGUUCUCCAUACUGAGCUGGCUAAACAGUUGGCCGACACAAUGGUUCUACAUAUUAUACAGUUUCGAGAAAAGGAUCUCACAGAAGUAAGCACUUUAAAGGAUCUCUUUGGACUCGCCAGCAAUGAGCAUGACCUCUCAAUGGCAAAAUAUAGCAAGCUUCCUAAAAAAAAGGAGAAUGAAAAGGUGAAGACGGAGGUGGUGAGUGAAGUUGCAGCUGCGCGGCGGAAGCAGCAUCUCUCAUCGCUGCAGUACUACUGUGCCCUGAACGCGCUGCAGUACCGCAAGCGCAUCGCCAUGAUGGAACCCCUGAUGGGCUUUGCCCGUGGACAGAUUAACUUCUUUAAGAAGGGAGCAGAGAUGUUUUCCAAAAACAUGGACUCCUUAUUAGCCUCCGCUGCUGACAUGGUUCAGAGCAUUCAAGUGGAGCUGGAAGCUGAAGCGGAAAAGAUGCGGGUGUCCCAGCAAGAAUUGCUUUCUGUUGACAAAUCUGCAUACACCCCAGACUCCGAUAUAGCUGCACCUCAGAUCAACAGGAACCUCAUCCAGAAGGCUGGAUACCUUAAUCUUAGAAAUAAAACAGGGCUGGUCACCACCACCUGGGAGCGACUGUACUUCUUCACCCAAGGCGGAAACCUCAUGUGUCAGCCCAGGGGUGCCGUGGCCGGAGGCUUGAUCCAGGAUCUGGACAACUGCUCAGUGAUGGCAGUGGACUGUGAAGACCGCCGAUACUGCUUCCAGAUCACCACCCCAAAUGGAAAAUCGGGAAUAAUCCUGCAGGCAGAGAGCAGAAAGGAAAAUGAAGAGUGGAUCUGUGCCAUCAACAACAUCUCUAGACAGAUCUACCUGACUGACAACCCAGAGGCCGUUGCCAUCAAGCUGAAUCAGACGGCGCUGGAAGCAGUGACUCCCAUCACAAGCUUCGGGAAAAAACAAGAAAACUCGUCCCCUAGUCAAAACCUGAAAAACUCAGAGAUGGAAAAUGACCAGACUGUGCCCAAAGUAACAACCAGUAUGCCUGAAGCCGAACAGCUGAUUGCCCCUGGGACACCUAUUCAGUUCGAUAUUGUACUUCCUGCUACAGAAUUCCUGGAUCAGAACCGAGGGAGCAGGCGGAUCAACCCUUUUGGUGAAACGGAGGAUGACACAUUUCCAGAAGCAGAAGAUUCUCUUUUGCAGCAGAUGUUCAUAGUUCGGUUUUUGGGAUCCAUGGCAGUUCAAACAGACAGCACCGCUGAAGUGAUUUAUGAGGCGAUGAGACAAGUGCUGGCUGCUCGCGCCAUUCAUAACAUCUUCCGCAUGACAGAGUCUCAUCUGAUGGUCACCAGUCAAACUCUGAGGUUGAUAGAUCCUCAGACUCAAGUAACAAGGGCCAACUUUGAGCUUACCAGUGUCACACAGUUUGCUGCUCAUCAAGAGAACAAGAGACUGGUUGGCUUUGUCAUCCGCAUUCCUGAGUCCACAGGAGAAGAAUCUCUGAGCACUUACAUCUUUGAAAGUAACUCAGAAGGCGAAAAGAUAUGUUAUGCUAUUAAUUUGGGAAAAGAAAUUAUUGAGGUUCAGAAGGACCCAGAAGCACUGGCUCAGUUAAUGCUGUCCACGCCACUAACCAAUGAUGGGAAAUUUGUUCUGUUAAAUGAUCAACCAGAUGACAAUAAUGGAUGUCCGAGUGAACAUAGAGGCGCAGAAUCUGAAGCGUAACUCAC